AUUACCAAAGCAUUUCUCAAAAAAGAACAAUGAAACAAGAAGCUUCGUUCCAUGGCCAAAGUCAUCCAUGAAGCCACCGCAAAAAAUGACACACCUUAGCCGGAAAGUUGUUCGCUUCAACAUUAAGUUGAGUUUACUCGAAAGGGUAUCCAUUUUUCGAAGAUUUUUCAGGUUUAUUUGGGAUAGAAUCCUUGUUUGUUCCAUGGGGAGGCCUGUGCAGUACAGGAGAUUGACCCCCUGCCCUGCUUCUUCUCCGGAACCGGAGGCCGAGGAGGCCGGUUGCCAACCGGUGGAACUCACUGCGACGUGUGGUGGGUGCGAGACGGAUUCUGAUUUGGUCCCUCUGAAGAUCAGUUUAUUGGGGGAUUGUCAAAUUGGGAAAACAAGCUUUGUGAUUAAGUAUGUGGGGGAUGAGCAAGAAAGAAGCUUGCAGAUGAAUGGAUUAAGUUUAGUAAAAAAAACAUUAUUUGUUCAAGGUGCUCGAAUUUCUUUCAGCAUAUGGGAUGUAGGAUCAAAUUUGAACUUGAUUUUCUACAGAUUUUAUUCAUAAUUUUAUUUUCCUGAUUUUGUUGUUUGUAGGUGACAGCAGCUCGGUGGAUCAUGUUCCUAUUGCUUGCAAAGAUGCAGUGGCAAUUUUGUUUAUGUUUGAUCUUACCAGUCGGUGUACCCUCAAUAGUGUUGUUGGGUGGUACACUCAAGCCAGAAAGUGGAAUCAGACGGCGAUUCCAAUACUAAUAGGGACCAAAUUUGAUGAUUUCGUAAGAUUACCCCCAGAUCUGCAGUGGACUAUUGUGACUCAGGCACGAGCAUACGCAAGGGCGAUGAAAGCGACCCUUUUCUUCUCAAGUGCUACACAUAACAUAAAUGUGAACAAGAUCUUCAAGUUCAUCAUGGCCAAGCUCUUUAACUUGCCCUGGACCAUAGAGAGGAACCUGACCAUUGGAGAGCCAAUUAUUGACUUCUGAACUCUGUUUUUCAAUCUCUGAUUUUCAUGUACAUAGCCUUAAAGAUAACAUAAAGAAAAAGAGGUAAAGAAAAAAGAAUGCUCAGUGCUGGCAAAGUAAUGACUCUCAAAGACCAUCACUGGUUGUUUGGUUCUUUUACUCCUCUUUUUCUUCUUCUCCUUCAUUUUCUUUUUUCAAAAAAAAAGAAAAUUUCUUAUUAUAGUUUAUUCUGAAUUUGAAGGUAGCUAAUGUGUAAGGUUUUUUCAAGGGAAUGAGAAAUAAUAAAAUUAGAUCUUCACG